UUUUGAAUGAAGAAGAAUGAAGAAGACAUGAAUUUAUAGUAUGAGCUUCUUCUUCUUCACGAGUUGGAAUGUUUUAUAAUUGAGAAUGCGGCAACGUGAACGCAAGCGAUUGAAAGAGGAAGAAUUUUUGUUAGGUAAAGUAUUUGUUUAAGUCUAGUUCUUUGUCGAUGACGAGCUGUAAAGGCUAGGGUUUCAUCUUGCAUUUCAUUGUACGGAUCCCAUGCCGCGUACAGAGCAUUGUGAUCCAGUAAUCAGUAAUUGGCCACAAGCUAAACCUUUUGAUUCUUUGGUUUGAUCUACGGACUUCUCGUCGUUCACGUUGAAUUGUUUUAAGGAAAUGUUGAAAUGCAAUUAAAAUGGGCGUACAUCGCGUGUGACGUGCUCGCGUCGAUUGCUGGAUUAAUUGAUGUUCCUGUGAUUUUCGAACGAGCUGUGAUCAAAUUGGCGCCCCUCGCAUUUCAAACCUGUCUGAUAAGUUUGAGUCCACUCUAUGUAAUUUAAAAAAUGUUUGGUUCUCGCGUGACAAGAAAUAUUUAUGAGUCGAUGUAAUCACAAAAGUGUUAGUUAAUUUCCACCAUAAACAAAUACUGUUCCAGGGAGGACUUGUUCGGCCUCUCGCUGGGACGAUAUGCUUGCCUCCUUAACUGUGGAUUAGUUACAUUAUAACCACACUGAAGUGAUGUUGGUGCAAGUCACCAUUGGACCAUGGAUUAACCCUAAACCGAUAGGAAUUCAAUCAUAAAAUUCAGUUUUGUCUCAAUGUUUGGGAGAUCAGAACAAAUACCUGUUUGUCACCUUGACAUCCCACUAUAGUUCAAAAGGCACUCACACGUAGGAGAAGCAACCUUUGUGUUCCCAAGGUCCUAUGUUGUAUUUCACUCAUUUCCCAGACUGAGAGAGAGGAGAGAGGAUGCUGGGAAUGAGGUUGUGGGAACCCCACCUAAGAAGCCCACCCCUCAUGUGUCCUGACAUUUUUUAUGAGAUUUUUUCUGAUGAUAAAAGUGACACUAGUACUAGUGGUUAAGGUAUGUGUUCUCAAUGUCCGUACUAACUGGGUUCCACUGUUGCUUAUAGGAUGAUAUUGUAACAAAUUACUGUCAUAUUAGUAUACACUGUGCUAAUGAUGGGUCAUUAGUGGAAGUUCUUGAAAAAUGCCUAUUCUAUUUUCAAGACAGUUGUUCUGGUUGGUCAGUUCAUGCUUUUGCCAUGAGUGCUGGCCCAACAGGGUCCAUCUUAGACAGAAUUGAUUGUAUUAUUUAUGACAAGAAAUUUCUUGUUUAAACAGGAAGUAGCGUUUGCAGACUGUGUAAAGAGGGACCAAAUGAAGAAGUGUUUGGCAAAUUUUUUACUGCCAAAGAAGAUGGAUUUUCAGUUCAUCAAUACUGUUUGGUAAGAAAAAGGAACUUUUUAAUAACCACUUUAUUUUUAAGAAAGAGGGCCAACAUGCUUAUUACUUAUCGGGGCUGUGCUCUAACAGAGCCUGGUGGCCCUUGGCGCCUGACUUUUGCUCUAAGGUGACUAGAAAAUCUUGAUUUUUUCAUACAAAUCAUAUGCUGGGCUCCCUUCAAUUUUCCUUAGAGCUUGGUUAUUCUUGGUUAGGCUUAAGUGCUCAGGUGAGGGCUUCUGAUAUUUCGCGUGGUCGUGGAGCCGUGACAUUCGCUGGAAAUCUCAUCAUUCCAAAUACAUGUUGGUAUAACAUAUUUGAAACUUAUCUCGGCUAUUGGAGCUGUUUAAUUCCAGUAAACUUCAUAACCACAAUGAGCGAACAACGUUCCAAAACUACCAGCCAUAAAUUAUAUUGUGAAAAACUGGGCACUAGUCAUUAUAUUAAAAGCUUCAUGCCAUUGGCUCAUUUCUCAUGCUCUUUGUUGUUAAAAUAGCAAUGAUUUACUCUGUUAAGAAACAUUAAAUGCGCUUGUCAAAUCAGCACAGAAUGGAUCGAUUUCUAGUGAAAUUUGCUCAGAAUUUUCCAACAAAAUUGUCCGUUUUUUACCAAUUGUUUUUUGGCGAAGUUAGCCCCAAAAAUUCCCACGAAAUCAGCUGAUUUUUCUGCAAAUCUGUUUCUGAAAAUUCCACUUAAUUUGACUUUUUUUUCUGCGACUUAUCAGAAGCCCAGUCAAUUUCUUGACCACCAACCAAGGGUUUUUAACCCCAAUUUCAACAUCUAUAUUCUCCUCACUGUUCUCCAUUGUUUCUUAUUGUACUGCUUGAGAGAAUUUAUUGUUGAUCAGUUCUGAUCAUUUGGUUCAUUCCCUUGACCUGCACAUUGAAUUUGGAGCGAUAUUUUUAAGAGAAAUUUGACUCUGGUAACUAUAAUGCUGGGUCUAAGACCCAGGGCGGGACCACUUUGAUUUUUUCAGGGUGCCAGGUAUUAUUACAUGAAAGCAAGAGGUGGGCCUUUGGGUUCUAUUUUCUCUUUUUUUCGCUAUGAAAGUAGCUGGGGAUCACGGGCUUGAAGCUGGGGGAAAUCCUUUUCCCCCGGCCCUUAACAACCCUGAACACCUCCAAUCAGCAAGAUGAUUGCACCAUUGCCUUGUUAGUUAUAUUGCAUCACUUAGUAUGUCUCCAUUUCCAUGGCCAGUGAAAUGGUAGAAAACAUUGCUUGCCCUUUGUACUUGACAGACCGUCACACAUGCAUUACUACUGAUAUCUCAAAAGAUAAAUGGAGAGAUUGCUUGCUGCCUAAAUUUUACCACAAAACAUUAGUGCUUGAGCAAAGUAGAAAUGAUUAAGAAUACUGGAAAUGAUGAUCAACUACAAAGCGUGUCGAAAAUAAGAAAAUCGGUCUGUCUAAAUGUAAAGAUAUUGCUUCAGUAAAUGUGGUUGUAACAAUAAUUAUUUGUCCAGUAAAAACUAGUCAUAUGCAAUUCAAAAUUCAGUAACUUUAGAGUACUUUCAAAAAAUGGCCAAAGUAAGAAGGAAAAUAACAGAAUCUCAGCAGAUAAGAACAGUUUCAUGAAAAAGUUUUUACUUAUUGAACUGGCUUUGUGUGUUUCUAGCUCUUUGCCUCAGGUUUGGCUCAAAGAGGAGAGGAUGAUGAAGGAUUUGAUGGGUUUUUAAUGACAGACAUAAAGAAAGAAAUUUCAAGAUCAAGAAGAUUGGUAAAUAAAUAAAAACAAUUUGUUAAAACAAAAAUUUAGGGCCUGAACUCACCUUUACCUGCCAUGUUUAUGGAUAACCUGAUGAACUGUAAGCACAUUCUUGUGAUCAAAAAGCAGUUGCGUUAAAUGUAACCAAAAGUCGAAACCAGCUUGAGAUUCCAAUCUAACCAAUCCAAGUGCAGAGGUGGAUCAUUCACAGUGAUCCUCAAUUGCAAAAUCCAGAUUUAGAUCAAACGAAAUAAAACCUUAGUAUUCUUGAUUUGAUUUCAUUAAAGAAAUUACUCUUGUCUUCAGGGUGCAAACAAAAUCAUUUUUAUAGCUUGCAGUUCAGGCAAGCUGUAGCUAACGUGUACUAGCACAAGAGUCAUCUGAACUAGCCUGAAAAAAGUUUUGAUGGGCAGAAUUGACUGCAGUUCUUCUUUAAUUUGAAUACCCCAAAAAAUAAAUCACUAGCCCAGCGUGCAAAGAAAGUAGUGUCCGAUAGCCCGGGACUAGUGGAUUUUGCUAUCUGGCUAAUGAAUUCUGUUUCUAACUUGCCCAACGGGCAAGUGGUGUUUUUUUGAGGAAUCUGAAUAACAGAAGAACUGUGAAAUCAGUUCUACUCAUCAAAAAGCUUUUGCCUUGGGGCCAGGUGAAAUGACUUGUGGGCUAGUAAAACACUAGAUUCAGCUUGCCCGAAUGACAAGCUGUAAAAAUGAUUUUCUUUGAACCCUGCUAGCCCAUCAGGCAAUUUAAGAACAGAAUUCAGUAGCCUGAUAGCAAAAUCCAUUAGCCUGCCAAGCUAUCGGACACGACUUUCUCUGCAUGCUGAGUCUUCAUAUUAUAAUUAUAUUAUCUUAUUGAGCAAAUGCCUUUUUUAUGUUAACCAGUCAAUAUUUCUACAGAGGUGUAAUUUUUGCAAGAAACUUGGUGCAACUAUUGGUUGCUGUCAGUCAAGAUGCUCCCAAGCAUUUCAUUACAAAUGUGGACGAGAGAGAGGCUCGUUGUUUCAGUUCUUCGACAGCUUCAAGUAAGCCAUCUGGUUUAAUAUAGGACAAGUUCACUCAGGGAGAUGACCACAACAUGACAUUAAAGUGGAACCUCUUUUCAGGGGACAACCUUGCGACCGAGGCAAGUGGCCCUUGAAUAGAGGUUUCCCCUGAAUAGAGAUUGGGCUUGGGUUUGUUAAGAAUUAACCACCAAAGACAAUAUAGAAAUAUCAUCACAAACUUAUCUCUGUGACAUUAUGUUUUAAAUUCACACAAGUGCAGUACAUUGCAGGGCUCGAAAUAACAGCCAGUCCAUGGACAAUGUCCAGACUGAUUGGGGAGUUGACAGGUCAACCUUUCGUCUUGCCGGUCAUGUUGACCGGUCACAUUCAAUCGUAUUGAAAAUGAAAUGUAAUAACAUUUGGCCAUGCUUGUUUGUCGGUGUGUCUUGCAGAACUUUAAUCUGAAAUCAUGGGUGAAAUGCAACUAGAACCAUUGUUUACAAUAUGGGCAUUGAAACAGACAUAGGGGGUUCACACACUUCCGGUCACAAGAUUAAAAAUAUUUUCACUUUUAUAAGUUUAUAUUCUCGAUGAAUACAAAUUUUCUUCCCUUGUAAUGGGGAGUAACAGGGAUUACUUGUAGAGUUUUGGGAUUAAGAUCUCACACCGCGAUGUGCACACCAGAAAUCCUUAUCUUUGGAGGCACUGGACAAAAUAAUUUAAUGUGUACAAUAAAUUAAAGUGCUAUAAGCUCUGAGCAAUGACUUUUUUGGAAAUAUAUUAUGCCAGUUUUGGUUCAUGGGCCCCUGUUUUAAGAGUUAUUUUUAUCUUAUAAAUUUGACCGGCCAGAAACAAUACAUGACUGAGCUAAAAUGAAUUUGGCCAGUCAUCGUGUCAACACUGUCUUCCACCAAUCAGAAGCAAUUCCCAGAUCUGGGUAGUGACGCAUCGUCAGUAUGGAAUUUCUGCACUUGUUUCGCAGAUGCCAUUUGGCAGGGAAACAAGUGGUAACAUUGCCAAAUGUCGGCAGUUUUCUCAACAACAACAACAACAACAACAAUCUUAAUUUGUACUCACUCUUGCUCAAAAAUAAAUUAUGACAGGCUACUAAGGCAGAUAUGUUUCACCAUGACUGAAAUUUUUUGCAAACCACUCUCACUUAAAAUUGGAAAUCUAAAAGGCAUUCUCCUUGCUUUGUAUUUGAGUUAAGGUUAAAAAACCAUGCUUGCCCUCUUAAGAAGCAAUGGGUAACGUGGGUGUGGUUGUUGUUAUUUUUUUUUUUUUUUACUUACUGGUAUUUCAACCAAAAGUUUGUCCUGGUGGGUGGUCAUCAUCGCCGGACAUUGUCUGUUGGCUCUUUUUUUGAGACUUACAUGUCACUGCUGUACUAAAAUGUAACUGAACACUGCCUUGUACAUGUGUAGGAUUCCAGGGCCUCACCACCCCACAGCCCUAUGCCAAAAAUUAUUUACAAAAUACCCCCCUAGGAAUGCACCUAAUUUUUGCUGCAUUGAAUUUUAUUGCAGCUCUUACUGCCUGGUCCACCGUCCAACACAAAGUGUUAACUUGAGGGAAAGUAACGGCCAAACGUGUCCAAUCUGUUUGUGCGAAAUUGAUUGGAACAGUCGUACUUCUCUUGCUGAGGUUCCUCUUAAGACACCCUGUUGUAGAAAUUCAUGGUUUCACAACAGCUGUCUUCAGGUAAUAAAUACCGGUAACCUAAAUGAAACCAGUUUGAAGUCUGUCCGGUUACCUGUGGACUGAGUUGUUGACUCAGAUUUAUGGCCCAAGCAUGAACCGCGUGUCUGCCUACAGAUGGGCAAGAGGUUUCUCAGUUAUGAUGUAGAUAUUUCUUUGUUAACUCUCGGAGGGUUUAGCUGGUUCGAAGCACCACUUACUUACAAUCAUAGCAAAGGGAUCAAAAUUUUGUAUAUUUUGCGGUUUUUGCAAGGUCAUUGCUAAAAUCGUUAGUUUUGUAAAUUUGGCAGUUUUCACGCGGCCAUUGCGAAAAGUCGUUAAUUAUUCAAAAUCCCGGCAAUAAGGGGGCAGUGUGGUGUGGUAUGCCAAACACAGAAAGGAGGUGAUAAAUUUUUGCAUAACCGUGGCAACCCAAUUUUUUUGAAGUAGAUGGGAAAUGAGAAAAGUAGCGUAGAAUUUGACUUUUUUGUGUUUGAUUUCCCCAAUUAUUUUUAUAACAUGUUUUUUGAUAUAUUUGGUUACAGAGACAUGCACAUUCAAGUGGUCUCUUUUAUUUCCGAUGUCCAGUGUGUAACAACAUGGAGCAAUUUCAACAGGAAAUGAAAAGGAUGGGCAUUUAUAUCCCAGAACAGUAAGCAUUGCCAUUUUUUUUUCAUUUGUUUCUGGGGGAUAGCCUGCGAGGAAGCUCUCCGCUGACGAGCAAAGCAAGGCGCAGGAGAACUCGCGAGCGAGCGAAGACCGCCUCUCGCCUUCUCACACUUCUCCUGCAUCCUACACAGUGGUGUCAAUAAAAAAAUGAUUGAAGUAGGCAGCAGGUUUGAAUAGAGUAACCGACUGUAUCUUAAAGGGGCUGUUAGUCCCCUUUUUCUAGGGAGGAGGUCUGUGGGCGUGCUUCCCUAGAAGUUUUUUAAAUUUCAAAGCCCUAAAAUGAGAUUUUCAGCGUUCUGGGGACUAAAUUGAGGGCAAAAAAUCGUGUUUUUUAUUCAAUAAAAUGUAGCUUUCAUUCAACUUUCGAUCUAUCGGUUAUAUGAUAUAUUACUACGAGCAAUGAACAAAUGAUGAAAACUAAAUUACGUACUUUUGCACGUAAACAAAUUCUGCGUAAAACUGUGUAAAAUUGACUGAAAUAUAGCUUUCACAUGACUAAAGCAUAACGUAAAACCAGUGGGCCUUUAUGAAAGCACAUCAUAAUUACGUUUUCAUUCAGAUUUUAUGAUUAUAUUUUUUGUUUACAAAGUUAUUCAAACUAGUUGCUUCUAUGAGCAAAGUAGCCGACGCGUUUCGUCGGCCGUCGGUGCUUAUUGAAACCCCUGCCUACCAUUCCACCUCUCCUCACCAGUAUUUCUUGGUUCCUGCGUUUUUCAAGGUAUCUAUUUGGUAGCCUUGAGUGUUACUAACAGGCCAGUGGCAUGUAAUUGUAUCUUUUCUUUCUUUAUUUAUAGGGAUGCCAGUUGGGAAAAAGGUGAUGCAUUUGCUGAUCUUCUGUUUCAAUACAGUCGCUGUGAUGCGGAAAAAUGCAUUUGUCCACACGGCAGAGAACAUGAGCAAAGAUCGGGGUAUAGAUAAUUUAUUUGCUUCCUAUAAUGAUCAUUAGUAUAAAGGAUAAUAGACCUAUCCACGGUUUUUUCCACGGACGAGGUAGGAGAAAAUCGUGCCCAAGUUUGAAUGUGAUUUGUUGAAAAGUAAACUAACGAAGGUAUAGCUGGAAGGGUCUUUUAUAGAGACUUUUAGAUUCUAAACAAGGACGCGCGCGUGAACCAGCGUCAUGUUUGCGGGAAAGCGUGAUAGCCGUCGUCAUUCUACCUCGGGUUUUAGCUGCGGGAGCAAGUUCUCAAAUGUCAGAAGUUUUAUCAUUUUGCUUUCGGGAGAGGGCUGAACCUCCUUCGAUAAAAAUAUCCGUGCUAACUUUUCUGGUGGAAAAAAAACCCGUGAAGAUUUCCCGAGUGUCUAUUUUUUAGAAGACGCGAUAUCGUCCCCGGAGUCGUCCUCGUCCUCGAAUCUAAAGACACGCAAAUAACCACGCGCGUGACUGAAAUCUAGCAAAAGGCGCGAGACACGCAAAUGACCACGCGCGUGACUGAAGGUGCGAGACGGGAGAGGGUGCCGCCCUGGUUUCGCUUGUCUCGCGACUUCGCCGCUCCCGCGCGCGUGCACUGCUCUCACUAAAUCUGGAGAAAAAGAGAGACUGCUCGUAUUCUAUUUCAAACUUGGCAAUUGCACUAAUUUUAAGGCGCUCUUUCAAGUGUUGUCUACGGAUUUUUCCUAACUUGUCCCUAUCAAAAGUUAAAAAACUGUGGAAGGGUCUUUUAUAGAGACUUUUAGAUUCUAAACAAGGACGUGCAAGUGAACCAGCGUCAUUUUUGCGGGAAAGCGUGACAGCCGUCGUCAUUCUAUCACGGGUUUUUCUGGUGAAAAAAAGGUACGCUGAAGAUUUCCCGAGUGUCUAUUUUUUGAGAAUAGGCAAUAUCGUCCUCGAAUUUAAACAUGUCUUAUUACUGUUGUUCUAAUGCAUUGUUUUUAACUCUAGCUUUGUUAAUGUUAGAGUAUUGGUUCAAACUGUAGAUACCGCAUUUGCUCGAUUAAACGCCGCAGAUGAAAGCAAAAUUAGCCAAAAACGCUGCGCUCGAAUAUACGCUGCACCCAAUUAGAAGAAUACAUAGUUUUAUUUCAACAUUAAAAACGAAGAUUUAUUUACUUCUCUGCCCGUAAACAGCAGGGCUAAUCAAGGCAAAUAAAGCAAUUCAGAUACGUUCUAACACACUAGCCUGCGAAUACAGCCUUCUUUCCUCGCUUUACACCUAAAAAUUUACCAAUACCACGGCGUUUUAUCUUAUAGCAAUACGCUACAGUGUACUCUCUUAAAAUGAAUGGUUUCAUAACCGGCCAUUUUGUUCUUCAGACAUUUUUCUUUUGCCACCCUACUAAGAGAGGCACUUCUCUAAGGUUGGCUGUGCAGUGAGAGACCUUAAGAUUCUAAGACGAGGACGACUACGAGAACUAGGAGUAAUGCGCGUCAUUGUGGCGGGAAAACGCGUUAAUCGGUGUUACUCCACUAAGGGUUUUUGCGAAAAUGUUGUAGUCACGGAAACAUGUGAUCAAAUGCUACUGCUUAACCUCCUUAAAUACAAAUAACCUUGUUAACUUUUCUGGCGAAAAUAAAGUAAAAUGAAGCUUUCCAGGGUGCCUUUUUUUUAGAAUACGCAACUUUCAAGUCAAAUUUCGUCCUCGUCUUCAAAUUUCAAGGUUUCUAUUAUCCAUUCCGAGGCUGCGCUUUGGCCAAUUAAAAAAGCGGUAGCGUCCUCAAAACAGUCCCGUGAUGCAGUUCGACACAGUACUGAUUCAGUCCUAUGUGCAUACUCGAAAUGACCAAUUGACCUUUCCCGCAUUCCGCUCCAGUGAGUAAGGAUAAAGAAAUGAGGUCGAGGCUCCUCGGGUAGACAAUUUCAUACAAAUCACUGUCCACCCGAGCCUCGAAUUGAUGCCUUUGUUUACAGGAAUGCAGGAAAGGGCUAUUGACAAUCGUAUAAGUGUUCAUAAAUAUCCGUUUUUUGCCUGAUCUUGGCAUCUUUGUGUCGUAGAAAGUGGCGCAUACGUUUGUGUGAUUCAUGCGGCCAGUUUGGAACACAUCUGAAGUGUCAACACUGGAAAAGAUCCCCAGGGGAAUGGCACUGUGAUACCUGCGGUAAUACUUUGCCUUAUUCCAGCACCCGGCAAAGGCCGGUGGGAGACCGCUCCAUGGAUCCUUACACCAGCGAUGAAGGCGAGGGUUCUUCUACAACAGAAGACUGUGAGGUCAAUGUGUGCACCAUCUCCGACGAUGACGCCCCUCUUGCAGAGCUCAAGCGCACUCAAGAAGAACAAAUCCAGUUGAGAAGCAGUGUCAAAACAGCUUUUAGAGAUGGUGCAUCGCCUUUGAGGAAGCGACGUCGCCUGUCUGCCGAAACAUCUAACGAGGCAGGGCCCAGCAAUCUUGAAGAAUACCUCUCCGAAAAUUCCCGUUCUUGUGCCAGCUAUUUUUUGGAUAGUUUACACUCCGCAUCGGUGCUUCCUAAUGUCUUACUUACAUUAUCCGAUGCUGUGUAUACAGAAACAGUGGAAAAACAGGCAGGUAAUUUUGAAGGUGAGGUCCAGGCGAUUGUUAUAAGAGACACUGAUUCAGAGUGUUCAUCGCAAACAAGUGAAGAGGAUCUAAGGAUUAUUACAGAGAACCCAAACUGUAAAGGAAAUUCAAAAACAGGUGACACUGGUGUUAAGUCCAAUGUAACCGUUGAUGGUGUAGGAGUAAGUAGUCCUGAAUCCAGAAAACAAAAGCUGGCAAAACUGAACAGCAUGCGCAAGUCUACAGAGGUUGUUAAAGCUGCAGAGGCAGACUCGAGUGAAGACGUUGACAGAGAGGCAAUGUUGUCAGAAGUUAACUUACUAGAUUGUGGAAACAAGGAAGACCAUGAUGGCAGCGAUGACGAUGCAUGUCUCAUCACCAAAGUUAUAAAACCGAAAAGGAAACCUUGUCCUUAUGGAAAUGAUAAGUUUGGCAAGUGCAUGUUGACAUGUUGCAAUCCAACUAAAUUUUUGCACUCCGUUAUCGUGGCUUCAAGCCCUAAAGUCACUAACAGCUCGCACAAAGAUUUGCAGAUUGAAACAGUCAGUAGUAGUAGUAGUAACCUAAAUCAUGUUCCAGAAAAAUCAGAUGCAGAUGCAAAGAAACCACUUGCGAUAGACGAAGAUAAUGGAAGGGAUGAGAGCAAGGAGUGCUGUUCUGUGGGUACGAACACUACUGCAAAUAUAGCACCAUCUGUUAAGAGAGUCUUGCCCUCCAGACAGACUACAAUUACUGAAAGAUUUUUACCAACGGCAAAGAAGCCCUCCUCGCCAUCAGGUCAGAAUAGAAACCUGAGAUUGAAAUUACGACGUCAAAAGAAAGGCAGUUUCCGUGAAAGGAAAAGAGAUUUCUCUUCUCUUCGGGAAAAUCCGUUGUCUGCGACUAAUAAUUAGAGACCUUUAGAUUCUAAGACUAGUACGACUACGAGUACGAGAUUAGUAGUUCGCGCGCGUGAACCAGCGUCAUUUUGGCGGGAGAACGUGAUAGCUGUCGUUAUUCUACUGAGAUUUUGCGAGAAUGACGUAGUCAGGGAAAGAAGUUAUCAAUUGUUAGAAGUUUUGUCAUUUCGCUAUCGGGAGAAGGCUUAAAUUCCUUCAAUAAAGAACAGUGCUGACUUUUCUGCUGAAAAAAAACGAAGAAGAACGAAGGUUUCUGAGGUGUCUAUGUUUUGAGAGUACGCGAAGAAAUUUUAAGUCAAAUCUCGUACUCGUAUAGUCGUUCUCGUCCUCCAAUCUAAAGGUCUCUACUGAUGCUCCGAAUGUUAACAAUCUGAUAGUGCCUUUAGUUAAAUAUUUCAAUUCAUUCGUCCAUGUACAUACAUUUAUCAGUCAUUAUAUUCUUGGAGUUUUCAAAGUGUUCAUUACAUGUUGGUGCCCUAUUUUUUAGUUCCAAAGAUAUUUUUGUAACAAAAAUGAGGCUUGUGCAUUAAGCCUUUUUACAUUGUAUAGCGUAUUUUAGGAAGUAACGUUAGUAAUCUAGUGACCGUGUUUGCUUCAGGAUUUUAGUGUAAAACUAGGUGGUGAACAAAGGUUGUAUCCAUUCUAAGCUCGGUAUCGGCAAUAUUAAGAUCAGUGAUCUUUACACUGGGGAUUUUAAGCAUCGACGACGACCACAGUGGCACGGAAAACGUCUCUUGAAAAGUGAAUUCACGCUGUGUCAAAAUUCAUCGCUCUUACUCCAUGUCGUGCAAAUAUAUUUGUCUUGAAAGUGUCGGUGAAUUUUUCUACAGUUGAAUUUUAAAGGACUCCAUCUAAGUUUACAAAAAGAAUCAGAAAAUCGUCGUCUUUUGUUGAGACCUGUUCACGUCGUUGUGGUGCAACCACGGCAAAGAAAUGUACAGAAACAGUUUGAUGCAUGUGCUAAGUUUUGUUUUGCUAAUCUAAGGCAGUGUUCACAUUAUGCUGGAUAGCGCUUGCGCCAGCACGAAAACCAUUUCGGAUAGCGCUUCUGGUCACACAUAUGAACGGUGAUUUCGGCGCGAUUUCUGUAAAGGCGCGAAGCUGCGCAGCGUCCAUCUCUAAAGUGGAGAGUCAUAUAUCGCGGGAUAGGUGUUCACACGAUGCCGGAUAAAGGGAAAUCUGUCUGGUAUAAUGUGAACAUAGCCUAUAAUCCUUUUUCUUUUUUGCCGUUCUCGUUGCUGUCGUCUUCGUCGUUGCUCAAGUUAUCAGGAGCUAGAAACAACUAGUACCCCUUUAACUGCCAAAGUGUUUGAUGGAGUUUUGUAAGUUGACUCUAACUUUUGAGUAUGUGGACGAAAUCCGAUGAUAUGACCAUUCAAAUGAAAGCUUUCCGCCUGUACUUACACAUGGUGCUGUUUGUUUAUCAAAAUUUCACAAAAUGAAAUUUGUAAAUCUGGUCGAAUUUGCCUUUGGCUAAUUUGGCAGUGAAAGAGGUACCGUGUCCACAAUUAUGUAUGAGAUGUUCCGAUGCUCUUAAAUAGAAGUCUCAGUAAAGACAUUUGUGGCAGGUUUUAUGUAUUUUAGUC